GGCGGGCAGUAGAGUUUCCAUUCCACGUGAAGUGUUGUUCGAUGCCGUGCUCGGCCAGAAUGACGCACCUUACCACAUCUCCGUUAAUCCUGCUGCCGCUGCUGGUGAUAUCAUGCAUGCCUUCACUAGCCGCGGCCCAGAGGAACUUCUUCACUAUCAAUAGAAGUUCCGGGACGCUCAGCCGCAUGUUGACGGACGGCACCGACAGUCUGCUGGACUCGCUGCAGAGAGGACAUGAAGGCCUCCUAGCGCAACUUGAGGAACUGUCAAAAGCAAUAAAGGAAGACGAGCUGAAACUGAACAACGUCUUCUACAAACUGGGUCGACACGACACCGACAUUCUGUCGACCACUUCACAACAGAUGUCUCUACAGAACACUGCACGCAAGCUCGAGAACAAACUUAACAAACAGUCUUUUAAUAUGGACUUCUUACGAAGACACGUGUCGGAACUCAAGAGCGGAGUGGAUACGAGUACCGCCACUGCGACAACAGUAAACGCCCUCAAGUUAUCGGUGGACUCUCUACAGAAGUCCCUUGCUCUGGCGCUUUUCAGGACGGAGCAGCUUGAGAAUAAGACCAAGCUAAUGGAACGCGAGCUGCGCACCGGGACCCAAGUCUAUGGGGCUGACGUCGAUGAGAAAAAUAUUUACUACGCAAGCCGCUCCCCCAAAACCACCUACUACUAUCUAGACUCUGACGCCCUAGAAGGCGUAUGCGACGAGUCAGGUGGCUGGGUGAGCGUCGCAAGUGGCGGCUGUUGGCUGGUCGUGAGCGACGCCGUGUCGUUCCUUGAAGCUGUCGCGGGCUGCGCCAAGAAGGGAGCUGUGCUCGCUCAGCUGCCUCUGGACGACAGGGACUGGCCGGCACAAGUCAAACGCAAGUUCACAGAGCCCAGUUCGAACUCAAUGCACUGGACGAGCGGCACUUCGGUUUUCUCGCCUGAUGCUUGGGUGUACCUUUUCUCCGGGUCCGCGAUACCAGGCGAACAUUGGACGGACGGCUUCGCUCCGACCAACUCUGCUUCCCGCCACUGCGCCGUGAUGGCAACUACGGGGCUAAUGGCGGUGUCCUGCUCCAUGAAGAACGCUUAUGUCUGUGAAAAACUUUGAGCUGAUAAAUAAGGAUGGUUAUCAAGAUCUUCUAGUGCACUUUUAAGAGUUUUGGCAUUAUUUUUAGAAAAAAAUUAUGGGUUCAAGUAAAGCCACGUUGUGUAUACUGUAGAAGCCAUUCAAAAACCAGUGUAAAGUUCAGAGUACCAAGAAUGGAGCAGAGAGGCGCGGGUUCGAUCCCAGC